AACGAAAUCACAGAGGAGCAGUUCGCGUCUUAUCUAAGUCAAUAUCCAACCGUUGUGCAAACAAUAUCCCAGACAAAAGGCGCCAAAAAUGGACAAAAGACUCUCACUGAGCUGGACCAAUACCGCUACGUAGAAGCUGUGGAGCUGUUCAAUCUGAAGAAGCCUACACGCGAGAUGAACCUUGAUGAUGUCAAGAUGCUGGUAGAAUGGAAGUUACGGCACGGCAAAUUUCGCCCAACGCUCAUGUCUCUCGUCUCAUCCAACCCCUCUUCAGCCUCUGAAACAAUCCAGUUCGCCAUCAAAUUCUACAAGUCUUCAAAAGACGCCGGCAGCGCUCUCAGAAUCCUCUCCGAGCUCAAGGGCAUCGGCCCCGCCACAGCGUCGCUCCUCCUCUCAGUCCACGAUCCCGAGAACGUCAUCUUCUUCUCCGACGAGGCCUUUUACUGGCUAUGCUGCGAGGGAAAGAAGGCCCCUAUCAAGUAUAACCCCAAAGAGUACUUGGCAUUGCGCACUGAAGCGGAUACUUUGAUGAAGAGACUCGGCGUGUCGGCGAUGGAGAUUGAAAAGGUGGCGUAUGUUUUGAUGAAGCAACCCGAGACGGCCAAGGAUUCAAAAGCAGAUACUUCGGCAAAGACGAAAGCGCCAGCCAAGGCCAACUCGUCAUCGGCGAAAAAGAGAAAG